AUGAACAACCCUAGUUCGAUCUACAUGGUUGACGAUCUACUAGAAGAAAUAUUCCUCCGACUACCAUUGAAACCGAUCCUGAAAUCCAAAACCAUCUCGAGACAAUGGAGAUCAGUUCUUGAAUCCAAGAAGUUCGUGGAGAGACGUGUCAGUCUCCAAAAGAGCCGUAAAAUCCUAGCCGCUUACAACUGUGACUGCGGCCAGCAGCCAUGGCUCCUCCCAGGGUCUCGGUUCAAAGGCGACGAAGAGAUAGUCUAUCUUCACUGCGACGCCACCACCACAAGAGCCUCGAUGACUUGCGAAGGUUUGGUCUGCAUCCCGGAACAAAACUGGAUCAACGUUUUGAACCCUUGGACAAGACAGGUCAGGCAGUUCUGUUUCGGAGUAUGGUCGUCAGGUUACUCUCGCGUGAUGGGGUUCGGUAGUGACAAAAUUACAGGGAGCUAUAAAGUAGUGAAGAUGGAAAUAUGGAAACGGGAUCAUCAUGUAGUGGAGUACUGGAGUGUUCUUGACGUUGAAACUGGUGAAUGGUGGAUGUUGACUCCACCUUCUUACAACAUGUUCUGUCCACUUUCUCACGAGCUCUCAAUAAAAUCAGUGUGUGUGGAUGGAUCCAUCUACUGGAUACACAACGUUGGGGUCGGUUACAAAAUACUAGCAUUGGAUCUUCACAGAGAAGAGUUCCAUAACGUAUCAGUUCCGUUAACGUGUGUCCCGCGAGAAACACAUUUAGUGAACCUCGAAAACCGUCUAACCAUAGCCCUUACUUAUACUAACCCUGAAUGGAUACUAGAUAUCUGGAGCAAUGAUAGUAGUAGAUGGAACAAGACUUACUCAAUUAGUUUAGCUGGAAAAGGUGUUCCAUGGGAGAUUGGGAGAAGGUGGUUCACACCGGUGUCGGUUUGUAAGCAAGGGAACCUUGUUUUUACUGACAAUCACAAGAGACUUUUCAAAUACUAUCCAAGGACAGAUAAGAUUCGAUGUUUGUCCUUGGACACUAGUGUUAUAUCUCCUUUCUUGGAAACUUUGGCUCCCCUUCCUUUGAAAUCAGCCCUUCCGUUUCCUCAUGCGCGCAGGAUAUCCAAGUGCCGUUUGGUUUCGAAACAAGACAAGUUUGGGAUAGUAGAUCUUCUCAUAACCAUGCUAGUAGUUGUUGGUAUUGUUUGGUUUCCUUUCUAG